GGUGAGCGCUUCGUUUUUCAGGGAUAGAGACAGAGACGUCUAGAGAGCGAGAGAGAGAGAGAGAGAGAGAGAGAGAGCGAGCGAGCAAGAGAGAGAGGUUAUGGCUCAGUUGAAGGCAAUUUCACCAUGCUCAUCCACAAAUCUUGCUUUGCACCCACCCAAGAGAGGGUCAUUGCUGUAUAAUGGCAAAGUAUUCUGCCCCAGGAAGUUGUCUUCGAUCCCAGAGUUGGCAGCUAGAACGAGUGAGCUCCAUGGUCAUGCUAUUGCAACUAUUAGUAACAGCGGAAAUAUUGUAAAGUCUCAUAAAAAUCAAGUUAUCCAAGCAAUUCUGCAGAGUGAGAGAGAGAUUUCAAUUACUGGAGCUACAAAGGUUAGAGGGUUACGUGGUCAACUCGAUAAAGUUGUUCUAGCCUAUAGUGGUGGCUUAGACACAUCUGUCAUUGUCCCAUGGCUAAGAGAGAACUAUGGCUGUGAAGUUGUUUGCUUCACUGCGGAUGUUGGUCAGGGUAUAAAGGAAUUGGAAGGCUUGGAGAAGAAGGCUAAAGCCAGUGGGGCUUCUCAAUUAGUGGUGAAGGACUUGAGGGAGGAAUUUGUACGAGAUUACGUAUUUCCUUGCUUGAGAGCUGGUGCAGUUUAUGAGAGGAAAUAUUUGCUGGGAACUUCGAUGGCCCGCCCUGUUAUUGCAAAAGCCAUGGUGGAUGUUGCCAGAGAAGUUGGAGCUGAUGCUGUUUCUCAUGGAUGCACAGGAAAAGGAAAUGAUCAGGUUCGCUUUGAGCUUACAUUCUUUGCUCUCAAUCCCAAGCUAAAUGUUGUGGCUCCUUGGAGGGAAUGGGAUAUUACCGGAAGAGAAGAUGCUAUUGAAUAUGCUAAGAGGCAUAAUGUGCCCGUCCCAGUGACAAAAAAAUCCAUAUACAGCAGGGACAGGAACUUAUGGCACCUUAGCCAUGAGGGCGACAUUUUGGAAGACCCGGCAUGUGAGCCUAAGAAGGAUAUGUACAUGUUGACGGUGGACCCAGAAGAUGCACCAAGUGUACCAGAAUAUGUUGAGAUUGGGGUAGAUUCGGGUCUUCCCUUUUCAGUCAACGGGAGGAGGCUGUCUCCGGCAUCUCUACUUGCUGAGCUGAACAAGAUUGGUGGAAGGCAUGGAAUUGGCCGAGUUGACAUGGUUGAAAACCGACUUGUUGGUAUGAAAAGCCGUGGAGUCUAUGAAACUCCUGGUGGAACAAUCCUCUUUACCGCUGUACGAGAGUUGGAGUCUUUAACAAUUGAUCGAGAAACCAUGCAAGUUAAAGAUUUGCUCUCCCUCAAAUAUGCGGAGCUAGUGUAUGCAGGCAGAUGGUUUGACCCACUUCGCGAGUCAAUGGAUGCAUUCAUGGAGAAGAUUACCGAGUCUACGACAGGUUCAGUUAGACUCAAACUGUAUAAAGGUUGUGUUACAGUAGCAGGCCUAAGGAGCCCAUAUAGCAUGUACAGGCCAGAUAUCUCUUCUUUUGAGGACAGCCCGAUCUAUGAUCAGGCUGAUGCUGCUGGGUUUAUACGCCUUUAUGGUCUUCCAACGAAGGUUCGAGCAAUGCUUAAGCGGGGUAUCUAAGGUGAUCAGGCUGAUGCUUAUGGUCUUCCAAUGAAGGUUCAAUCAAUGCUUAAGUGGGUAACUAAGGCUUGGCCUCCUUUGUUUUGUCUUUUUGAUUAACAAUCCAUUUGGAUUAGUUUUUCAAUUGCUAUUAGGUUCUUAGGAUUUACCAUCUAUUUACUGUUCCUUGUGAGUUUUUAGUUUUCUAGUUUGUUUUGUGAUUGAUCGAUAUGGACAUCAAUGGAAGCCUUAUUUUUCUUUUC